UCCUUCUCUCCGCACCUCAUCGUCGUCGUCUGCACUACACUCGCGCCCGCAAUGGCCGCCAUCGCCCCCAUUACCGGCAUGCUCCGCAAGCGCUUCUUCUUCGACCUCAGCUUUGCGCUCAGCGUCGGCGUCACCUCUGCCUACGGCUACUGGUACCUCCACCACCUCCACACUCGCAAGCUCGAGCAGGAGUACUACCUCAAGAUUGAGAAGGAGAAGUUGUAGAGGGCUAAGCGGGCACAUUCGUACACCCAUAAAGGCGUACUUCGCGCGCGUUCUACAGGCGCUCGGGAGGCAGACCAAUCAAUUUACUUCGAAAUCGCCAUGUUCCCCACAGCGGUCUAGACCCCGUAUGCGACUCUGGCUGCCUGCUUCACCCGAAUACAUGUACGAUCAAGUCCAGACCUCCUACUCCUCGGAACGCCUCGCCUACUCUCUUUCAUUCAUCUCCCCAUUGCAAUCGCAAGCCGUCUUGUUGGUCUCCGCGGAUGGCGUCCUCGACCGCCUGGGCAAAUUGCCGCAAAAGCAACACAUCUUCCCCUACAUCUGCUUCUACAUCCCUUUGAUUCAGUCGCAGUGCACGGUGCAGGGCGUCAACACGCUCUUGUCCUCGCAGUUGGUCUAUCUGCCUCAGGGUAUCGCGCAGGCCGGGGUGCUCAUUCAACAAAACACGCA